CUCAUGGGACAGCAAAUCCGUAGACUUUGAAAGUGUCCGGAAGGACGGAACACAACAGGACUCUAGUCGUAUCGUGAAUGAACGCCGGCUCCCCUCCACGUCUCCUAGGCCGGGACAGCUAGAAAUUGCCCCGACCGUUAGCAAACCGCGAGUUGCAUCUAGAACCUCCCAACGACCAACAAAAGCGUCAAGAGGGGCAGAAAAGAGGAUAAUUUUAGCGGGGUUGAAGAUCCCAUUCGCAUGUAUUGUCUUCGAAAGCUCCAAGAAGUGAUCACACCGAUCUUCUGCGAAUCCGCAGCACACGAGCCUGAUUAUUCCAAUUCUGCGAGUCUCGAGGGUGUGUCAUACGUCAAAGAACUGGAGCAACAUCUCUUUCAGGCGUUCAGGGAAACGGACAAGGCCGGUAACAUACUCGUUGGAAACAAAUAUAAGACCCAAUUCCGAAUGCUCGCGUUUAAUCUGGAAAAGUCGGAUCGUGUAUCUCUCCGUCAAAGUAUCCGUACGGGAAGGAUGACAGCCGCUGAAUUGUCUGUGAUGUCCAACAGUGAACUUGCCAGUGAUCAACAGAAGAAAGAAAUCGAGACAGCACAGAAGGAAUCUUUGGAACAUUCCAUAUUGGAUGGUCGGCAAAUGAAUAGACCGCUACGGAAAAUAACCCACAAAGGGGAGGAGGAGAUCGAAGAUAUGGACAGAGAUGACGAUGCAUCAAGGACCCGGAGUGUCCGAGGAGAUUCAAUCCUCUAUUUUCCCUCUGCCCCAAGCUCCGAGCCAUCCCCCACGUCAGAUGACCCCAAGUUCGCAAUUCUUCCUAGUCGCAAGUUGGUAACAUCAGGGAGUUCUGCUUCUGGUGUGGGCGGCGGCGAGCCUGAAGCAUUUGCCACACCUCAGUCAAUAGGUCCGCCAGAAAGCACUGUGUCUUCGUCUUUUGCUCCUAGUCCCACAGCUAGUGCGCACCCAAUCUCUUUGUCUACGGAUGUACCGCCUUCCAUCGUUGCGUCCCCGACUAGUAAGCGAUUUGAUUUGAGCAGCUUGGGGUGGGCAGAGAGCGACCAUCAUUCUGCGCCUCCUGCGCUUGAAACAGAGAGUCCAGAAGAACAUCCUGGCGCCCCCCCGUCAGCCGAGUUGGACACAGGUGAAGACGCACGGAGUGAUCAUGAUUUCAACAUGUUCAUCGAGCCUGAGCAUGAAAGAAACGAGCUCACGCCCGCGGAAGUAAGGGAUUCUGGCGUUUUGCAAUCCUCACCGCCAGCUGUCGUAUGGAAAGGCGAGCUGCGAAUGCCUGGUGGGGAUGGAUCCACCAUGUCAACCGAGAUAGCUUCGUAUCUAAUUGCUGGUCGUCCAAAAGGUUACCAGGACUUCUCCUUUUGGAGUUCCAUGUUUCCCCGUCCGUUCGUCAGAGUUGAUGGUCGCGUAAAUAUUGACGCAGCUAACACCUACUUGCUCAACUCAAGAUUGAACACAGGGCGGGAGCUUGUUGCAGUUGAAAUGGUGCCAAGUGACCCACAGCAUGAAGCAACGUUUAAUGAGAUCGUUGCGGUGCUAACUUCAAAGAGGCGACAUGGUGUCGUGUUCCCAUGGGGGAAUCCAGCGCCACCCGAUGCUCCCGGUAAGGAGCUUUACCUUGUCCCUCUUCAACCUUCAGAUCCCGUGCCCGAGUAUCUUCAGUUGUUGGACCAUGUUCAGCUUCCGGAUGUCCGGACUGCAACAGUUGUACUUGGAUUCUUUAUUCUCCACAGAUCAAAAGUGUCUAUCGCUCAACCAGCAACCAACAUACCUGUCUCAGCACAAGCCACCAGGGAGAAUGGCACCGCAAGCAAUGUUUUGCAACCAUCAGUCCCCAGCGGAAUUGACAUAUCAUCUAUCACAGCCGAAUAUCUUGCUGGAAUUCUUCAGAAUCCAGCACUGAAUCAAACUCUCAAUCCAACGGCUCCACCAUCCAGUGUCAUGGCAUUGUAUCCUCAAUCAUCAAAUACUGAUACCCCAAACAGUGGUGCCCCUGGUCCAUCUCAGCCAUUAACGCUUGCUCAAACUUUGUACUCCGGCCCAUCCACUCCAGCUGUUAUCAAUCAGCAAAUGGGCCGAUUUCGCGGCGAUGCUCAGUCAUCGUCGAGAGGCAGACCGUAUGAAAAUUACUCGCGAGGGCGACGGUACGCUCUUGAUGGCUCAAGGGGCAGGGGUAGAGGGCGAAAUGCCGGUUGGGGCCAUGCGAAUUAUUCCCCAGUUGAUAACGGGUGGGGGAACAGACGUUCCAGCGGCAGCGGCGGUAGUGGUGGAAUUCGGUAUUGACGGACACAUCAGACUGGGGUUUCUCUGGCACACUUCUGUCGCGUAAUUAUGUAUAUAUAUCCAUUUUAGUGACUCGCGACCCAGUGGAUCUCUCUCUA